GUCGGAGGCUCCAGCAGGCUAAAGGCUAAAGCAGCUCAGAGGCUGUAAUCCCCGUAUGAGACCAUCAUGGCUGCCACUCGCUGAGCUGUCAAGCUCUCCACAAAAGAAAAGGUAAAAACCGACACAACUGCGCUUUCAACUACAGCUUUAGCAUUAACGUUUACAACCCGGUUGAUUUACCAGCACUGAAAACUCGACAAGAGAUGAGAAAAGUAGUGUGUACUAACUUUCCUGCCACGCUUUUUAUCCCUGAAGUUAUUUCGUCUUUGAAAGCCCCUGUCGCGUCAAUUCAAAUCACUCUCAGGCUGUUUGAGAAAGCGCUCACACAGUUAGCUCAUGUGCUAACAUUAAACAGCACCGUGUGUGUUUCCACGGUUCAGUCUGGAGACUAACGGGCGCACUGCUGGACAGUUUUAUCGGAACUUCGCUAUUCCCCAGACGGCGGUGGCUGCUCGGUACAGAGGCAGCCCGUCUCAUCACUUUGUUGUGGUCAAGUCAAACUGCACAAUGGCCGCACCGUGCACACAAUAAUCUGAUAAAAACUGCUACCACAUCCUAUUUUUUCCUGAUGCAUUAUUUCAUAACGGUUAUAUUUUGUUGCAUUUUCCACUGUAGUGCGUGUAGUUGUUUAAUACAGUCAGAUGAAGUUGAACUAUUGUGUGAACAGGUGAGUUUCAGAGCAAUUUUCUGCACCUGGGGGGUAAUACCAGUCCAGGUUUUACUCCUGAUCUGCAUGUGAUGGAUUGAUAUCCAUGAGGAGAAAUUUUGAGCUUUUGCCAGCAACAGGUAGCUAAGUAGUGCCGUGAAUGCAGCUUGGUCUGAUGUUGUCACAGCAUGAGUGUAACUAAUCUCCAAAUCCAAGGGCUCAUUUUGAUUCAGGUAUUUAUUACAUAUGGAAAGCCUGGAUACAUUUGAGGCUGAAGUUUGAACUUCUAGUGUAACUAACAAUGUUUGCAUUUUGCCAGGAGUGUUUAUUCAGUCUACUUCCCUGGGUUUGUGCAUAAUUUAUGAUAAAUAUGCAAAAAAAUACAGCCAGAGGGCUAGUCUUGUCUUGUUUGAUAUUUACAGACGUUUAAAAUAACCAUGUGUACAUUGUAGAAAUACAUCAACCAGCCAUUAUGACCACCUGGGUAAUCUAAUGCAAUCCAAUACAACAGCUUAACCACAAUUUCUACCAUCAGAAGUGUUGCAGAUUUUGUUGACAUAAAGAGGCAGGUGAUUAUCGUACUUCAUUUGCAUCACUGGGGACAUGUAGUAGUUGGUUGUGAUGUACUGCAAUGUAUUUUAUUGAAAGGUGUUCCUUGUGUUUUGUUCACCUCACUGUUAAACAUGAGGUGAGCAAAAUAUUCAGGACUACUUUUCGUAUAAUGUGCUCUGGUACACCACCAACAAUCAGUACUACUUCAGAAGUUCAUUUAAAGAACAGUUCUCACCUUUGUUAUCAUGUCAGGAAGCUUUGUGAAGUAGAAGUUAUAGUUCAUAAUGCUGUGGUUGGUCAGUGUGUGUUUGUCAUAUUUGCAGAAGUCUGGCAGAUGGGACAAUCAAGCAGAGUGUGCAUAUUCUGAUUGGAUAUCCUGCAUUUAGAUUUGAAGCAUUUUCAGAAUAAGAUCAGGGAACUCUUGAUUUAUAUAGAUAUUAGAUAUUUUUGGUCUUCUUUUGACUUGUACACAGUGCAAUCUGAAUGUGAGUCUCAGCAGAUUUUUGGGAAGGACGUCCUCUUACCUGUUCUUGCCGUCAGUCCUGUUAAAUGUAUGAGUUAAAUGUACAAUGCACGACUGCUUGCAGGCUGUAACAUGAUACGAAAAUCAAUUUUCAGUAGUCAUAUUGACAAUGCAGAAGUAGUUUUUGACUCCAGCUUUAACUGGAGUAUUUUUUACAUGCUUCUGUCUAACAUUACAAGUUAUUAUUUGACUGUUUACUCUUCUGAAAGGCAAAUUGAUGAAACGGCAACAACUUCAGGGAAGCGGUAGGCUUUCCUACUUAGGUUGUACUUAUUUCUGUUCCUUUGAACAUGAAAGUUAUUUUUAAUGAGUCAGAAGUGUGAGUUACACCGUACCAUCCUGAAGGCGCUCUUUCAAUCUUUAGAUGAGCUUGAAAUGUUUAAAUCCUGCCAUGCUGAUCCAAAGACAACUUUCAUUUCCAUUAUUAUGCCUUUUGGAGUUACAAUCAUGAUACUCCUAGCAGCCCGAGGUAUUAAAAACACAAAAGUCUCAACACACACUAGGGAGGAGUAGCCAGAAAUUUCAAUGUCUUUGAUUCGCUGCAGCGACUUUGGAGCCGUGUUAUUAUCAUUUCAGUGAUUCUUUGUGUUUUCCUUCUCUGUCAGAAACCUAAAGAAUGGAUUACAAACGGCGUGUCAACAAGAAGAAUAGGGAUUGGCACAAACGGCUCCACCUCAGGAAGACUGCCGUUCAGCCCCCGACUAUGCAAAGUAGAGAUAAGCAUGGACCAAAGAAGAUAGCAGGAGAGCGGGGGCAAAGCACAGUGUGGCCUUCAUCAAAGAAGCCCCCCCAGGAAGCACAAAAGAGGACAAACGACAACGGAAAUACACUCAGGUUCGAAUGCUCUCAGUGUGGGGACAAAGUGGAAUAUGUUCCCAAAGACUUGGUAGGACACUUUGAGGAGAAGCACAAAGGAAGCCCCCCGGUGUUUCCCUGCCAUAUGUGUAGUUUUAGCACACAGGAGUUCUCCUACCUUCAGGUUCACCUGCUAAGCCACAAGGACACUUUUUCUAGCUGCAGCAUUUGUAAUGACAACGUUCAACGCACGUGGCCUGAGUUCAGCGCACACCUGACUUUGUGCCACUGCCAAAACGGCAAAUUUUUAUGUGAAACAUGUCAGAACUUUUCAACAGGUGAUGUUAAAGUGUUUCUAGAGCACAUGUAUGCACAUAAUUUGGGCCUGGAGGGGGCUGAAAAAGAUCUUUUGCUGCACAGAAAAGACAAGAAUAAAGCUUUGUGUUGUCACCACUGUGGCUACAAGGCAUCUCACAAAUGGCUGAUUACUAAGCACAUCAAAGCUGCCCAUGUCUGCCAGAACGGUAAUCAGAGGAGGGAAAAGAAGAAGGAGGAGAAGGAGGUUCAUUCCAUAGCAAUGAAACCAAAUGACCCCCCAAUCCCCAAAAUGAAGCCUAGACUAACAAGAAGUGCAGUUAGAGAAAUGUGCUGGCUGACAGAGGACUGCCUCUCCUUACCAGGGAAAGAAUUCCUGGAUAAAUACUGCCAUCUGUCAAAUCCUCAGACAACUCUGGAGGAGACUCAGCAGUUUCUUAUGAAAUCUGUCGCUGGGGAAACCGGUGAUCCGAGGUGGACCAAGGCCCUUAAAAAUGUUUUGUCAAACGUCCCUCAAGACAUGAAUCUUCACCCUAAGUCGGAGAACGGCAUCGUGUCGAACUCGUCCGAUCUCACCGUCCUGACAGUGCAGAACAAGAUUACUGUCGCCCAGAAUGGUGCUAAAUACGCCAAGAGGUUAAAGCUCAUGCCAUCGUCAGAAAAAGAAACUGUUCCCCCUGAAAGUGCUGUCGAAGGUGCUCAUUGUGUGGUCGACCAAAAUGGGUGUCAGUCAAAUUUAAGUGAUGGCACACAUGAAACCAAACAGGAUACUAACAAUGUUUCCAUGCCAGCCCAGAACGAGCCAUCGGAGUGUACUCAAAUGCAAGAAAACAGAGAGAAUCAGGAAGUCAAGAUGGAUCAGAAUAAAGUAGAACAUAUAAAGAAGCAAGAGGAGCCUAUGCAUGAUGAAGAUGGAAAUAAUAUUUCCAACAAGCAUGUCGAGCAGACGCCUGUUCAUAAAGUUGUACCAAAAACUAAGAGACAUAAAAGACGACAAAAGAGAAAGACCAGGUGUAAAAAAGCGGAUAAAAAACCAGCAGCAUUGGCCUUGAAGAUUGUACUGAAGAAGAACCCUGUGAAGGAGAAGCAGUGGGUGUCACAAAGCUCUCUUUCUCCAUCAGUGGGAGGUGAGGAAGACCAUGGACAGGCGAGCCCUUGUGCAGUAUCUGGGGAGACAAUGCUGCUCCCAGAUGUGCACCUGAAGAAAUGGACCAAAGCUUCCAAGCCUGACUUGAAUGAUCUGUCUGAAGCUGUCAUCUCAACAUCUGGAUCAAAGCCAGAAGAAAGGCUGACCCCAGGUUGUGUUGGAAGGCAGACAGGGUCUAAAAGUAUGGACAGAAAUGUGCAGAUUGCAUUUGACGGCCUGAAGCAUGAAGUAAUGCAUGACGACGGAGAGGAGUCAGUAGAAACCGAAGUGGACAGGGCAGAUCAGUCAGAAUGUGGAGCUGCAGAGUUAUGCCCUGAGAAGGUCCAAACAGCCAAGGAUGGCACGGACGGUCAUGUGUUUGGUGAUAUGACAAGUUCAGCCAGUGAUGGAGGGACUUCUUCAAGCAGCGACGGCAAGUCUUCCCCUGAAUCACAGCCUGCCAUUACACCAGAGGGUAAGACUGCAAAUUAUAGCCUCCUCAUACACAUAAUGGUGGGGGUUUAAAUGCUGUAGCAUUUUUCUUGACAUUAAAGCUGAGGAAUGUGGCUGAAGAUAUGAAUCAGGACAUUUUUCCAUAUAGAUAUAUAUCGACAAUUACCACGGUUUAAAAUUUUACACAGUGGCUAAUUUUGAAAUGUGUAUAGAAUGUAGAGCGGGAUGAAUCAAGAGUUAAACUUAAGAAUAUGAAUUAUAAAUAUAUCCUGUUAUUUAAAGUAAAAACAAUCAGCUCAGGUAGACUGUAUUGACAACCAGUAAAGCAGUUAUAUUUAGAGUUGUCACAAUACUGUUAUUUUGAUACUGACUAUUAAUACCUGGUUAGAUUUCACUGCAAUAAAAACCAAACAAAAAAAAAAGCCAAACAAAAAGCAAAGCCAAAACCAAACAUUUGGACACCCAGAGUGGAUAUUUGAUAUCUAUAUUUGCUGAUCCCAGUCCAAAAAAAGUUACGACAGUGUGAUGAAUGUUCAUAAAAAACAGUUUGCUAAUGAUUGAAACCCUUAUAAAGAAAUCAGCAGCGUGGAUUUCUACCAUCACAGAUGAUGACUGUUCACCUGUGUUCAUAACAAGUGGAAUUGGCCCUCUCCUCUUUAGAGAAAGUGAUGUCUAUAUAUCCAGAUUUUAAUUAUCAUGCCACAGGACAGGUUUGUACCCUGCUUCAGUCCAUCUUAGAUGGGCCCAGGCGAAAGGAGUGGUUUUCAGAUGAUGUUUUCAUUUUUCACCUCCAUUUGUGGAUGAAGUGAUCUACUGUGAUCACAGACAGUGGGAUUUAAAUGCAGCCCGCCACAGAGUCAUGUCAGUCCAGAGCUGUCUAAUGAGGUCUUGCAGAGUGAUGUUAUUGUGCAGUGACGUGAAGCUCUCUGUCAACAGUCCACAGAUCAGGACUUAUGGAAAACUGGACCCGGUGAUAUCACCGUCUCUCUCUUUUGCUCUCAGUCUGUCUGAAACAGACACAAGAGUAAAACAUUUGCAAAGGGACUUAACAAAAUGUCAGCAUUUGCCAACCUGUGAUUGGGGAGAGAUGGCGGUGUGUAAGCUGUGUUCAUACAGACGUAUACAUGAUGUGACAGCUUCAUCUCUUUUGUCCAUCCUUCUCUUUUCUGACAGGGGGGUUUUGUUUGUGUCGCUCAGCUUUCUUCUACACAUUUAUACUGUUCAACAGCUAAACAUUAAAAAAAAGAGUAAAUCAGUCUUCAACUACAUUGUCUAGGUAUGUUAGUCCGGCUACAACAAACUGGAUGUUGUGUGAUUCCAGUUGUUGACAUGUUUUUCAAAGUUAAGUUUCGGUUCGACUAACAUAAAUAAAUCUUGUGAACUUACUGACAGACAAAACAUGUUGCUCAGUGAAAUCAACAUGUGGAAUCAUUGUGCUGAAAUGAACGUCCAGACUUCAGUUUGUUGACAACAGCUGCUUCAAAAAAGCCUUUCAGCCUGUACAGAUGUCGCAAGUUACUGGAAGAAAGCUGGCUCAGUUUUGGAAAGCCAUGCAUCAUCUAGCUCCACCACACGAAUGGAUCUUUGUUACAGGGUCCUACCCUUUGGUCCAUCUUCAGUCUUGUUGCAGGUGGCUGCUGUUCCCUCUUUGAGCUCUGUGUUCUUCUAACUCAGUGGUUCUCAAGUCCAGUCCUCAAGCCCCUCAUCCUGCAUGUUUUGGAUGUUUCCCUGCUCCAACACACCUGAUUCAAAUGAUUAGCUCGUUAUUAAGCCAUUACAGAGCUAGAUAACGAGCUGAUCAUUUGAAUCAGGUGUCUGAUGAGGUUCAAUCAUUAAGUUGACCCAUGUUAUAAUACUUGAUAUGCUAGAAGUUCAUGACUCUGCUCUUCAGUGCUCACAGGAUGUGAGUGGCCAUUCUUUUUAAGUUCUUGCAGGUUAAGUUCUUGAGCUAACUUUAACCUAGCUUGUUGUUUCAUUUAUAACUGCUGACUUUAAGACUAAAUAUUAUUUGAUCUGGUUAAGUGACAUAUAUUUAAAACCAGCUGAGAUCUAAUAAAAGAGGAAGAUACGACCUGAACAGUGAGAAAGUAGUGGUCUGGAUCUUUUUAACAUUAAACCAUGAAGACUGACUCAAUGUCUAGGUGGCGUUAAGUUCUUCUGUCUGGUAGACUGUAGAUGUAUCCAUGUUGAGUCCAUUUUUAAAAGCGUGUUUGUUUUAUCAGCUGAAUUCCUUUCUACUUUAGAAAUCUGCUGAUACAUAUACCUGUGCUUUAGUAUUGACUGAUACUGUUACCAAUCUGAUCUCAUCCACUAUCAGGAUUAAAUUUACAACCUGUAUUCCUUCAUGUGAAGAUGAACCUGGGAAUUAAGUUUCAGCAACGUCACCCUUAAAAAAAAACUCUGUAAACAUAUAAACAAACAUUUAUUUAAACCGACCGAAACAUCUAAACUCAUUUAGCUAGUCUUUUCAAAAUGCAGAAAGGAGCUUGUUUAGGGUUCAGAAUUCAUGUUUAAAAUAAAAAAAAAACUGUAUUGAAGGAAAAAGAAAAUAUGCCACUGGUUGAACAUUUCCUUGACGGCAGCUGGAAUCAAAUCACAAGCAUGUGAUUCAUGGAAGUUUGUAGUUUGAAGCUUACCCAAACUUUGAAGUGGACCAUGAUUAGUCGCCAAGAGGUCUGAUCCCAUAAAACUGCACUGGUUCCAAAUGACUGGCAAGACUGUGGCACUGUGCCUUUUUUUUUUGGCAACAUGCUCUUGAUCAUGCUGGCAGCCAUGUUGUUUUUGUGUAAACAUGAGGGGAGGGUUUGAGCUUGGGCGAGAGCGGUGUGGGCAGCGGAGGAAGUUUAAGAGAAAACCCAGAUUUAGAUUUUUAAAAACCGUUCAAAACUACAAACAUGAAUUAUUGAAUAAAAUACAUAAUCAGAUCCAUUACUUAAAGUGUGAAUGGAUUUAUUUCUACAUUUUGAAUCUGUGGAAAUCAAAAUUUGCCUCACUCAACUGAUAUUUGAAUGUUUAGUUCAGGUUUUGCACUGAUGAUCAAUCCUAAAACUGUUUUGAAAAGGUUAUUUUCACUUUGUGUUUCACAGGUAAGAUAAACUGUGUAAGCCCAGCUGUCUCUUUGAAGCAGUCCGUUGAGGGGACGAGAGACAGAAAUACGCCUGCAGACUCCUGCCCCACUCUUCCUGCUUCACCUGAGUCCUCCCCAGCCUCUCAUCAUCUGUGGCAGCCGGCCCCUAAAACCCUGGAGAGGACCCUGAAGUUAGUAGCCAUAAAUCCCUCUCAGCUGGUGAAGCGUCCAGCUGGGGACCAGCCUGUUGUGGUGCUAAACCACCCUGAUGCUGACACCCCUGAGGUAGCUAGAAUCAUGGAGGUCAUCAACAGGUACAGAGGAGAGGUGCAGAAGGUGGUGCUGUCCCAGAGGACUGUGAAAGCUCUCGCAGGCAUGAACGGAGAGGUCGCCCAGACAGACGCCCAACAUGAUCCUGUGAGGCUCGGUAAAAACUCUGUACAGGAGAGGUUUCUGUUAAAGAUGAGAUUUCGCAGGUUGAGCAGGAAAAAAUACGAGGUGGUGGACGCUGUGCCUCCCAGCAAGGACACAGGGACAAAGUUCAGCUGCUGGUUCUGCGGCAGGGUGUUUGCAUGUCAGGACACGUGGAUGGUCCAUCGGCAGCGACAUCUCAUGGAGUGGAAACGGCCAAACUGUGAAAACUCUUAAAAAAAAAAUAGUCGCACACACUGGAUGAAAAAGUCUGGAAAGUUUGCAAUACAACGAAACAAUAAUCAAAACUGUGUUCGCCAGUCUUCUUAGUUUUUCAAGUCUUAAUUCUGAUUGGUAGGUUUAGAGGAGUAUCAGAUCAUUUUCACAUUCUCAGGGUCAACACUUACCUGUUGUCUCUCCCCUCGUUUCAGUAGCUUCACACAAGCGUUUGUAGAAUAAUGAUCUUUUGUAAAAGGACAUGCUGUCAAUAAUUUAGUUCUUUGUAUAGUUUAUAUUUUGUCAAUGCAAUAGCUUUAUUUAAGGUGAUUUGAGUACACUGUCAUAAGGAAUCUUUUAUAGAACACUGUAAUAUGUAUAUUUGCCAUACCACCUAUGAAUCAGUUAACGUACGGGUAGGCUCUACAGUGUGGUAGCUAUCAUAUUUAUGUUUGUGGAAUGGGACGCAGAGACCCACAAGUUACUCAGAUAUACCAAAACUGUGUGUUUAUAAAGAAAGACAGAGACAAUAAGCUGUUUUAUUCAACAUUUAUUUAUGACUUGUAGGGGUUAGCCUUUAUAUGCUUUUCUUUUGUGCUGUUUUAGGCCCUCAGAAGAAUCAGGUUCUUUGUAAAACCUUUUUUUUUUAAACUCCAAAAAUGUCCAAAUAUAGUGUUAUUACUCAUUCAUUUAACAAAGUAAACCUGUAGUUUUUGUUGUCGAUGAAGUUCAAGCAGAAUAUUUUCUUUUUUAAUCUGGAUGCAAGAAGCCUAUAGAUUAUCUGAUUACUUUUUUUUUAUUUCUCUCAAUGGGUUUAUUCUCUUUUGACUUGAAAUGAUAAUCUUAUCUUUUAAUUGCACUAUGAAAUGAGGGUUAAUAUUUCCCGUUACCUCACCUUAUCAGGCCGAAGCCUUUGACAAUCUCAGCCAGAGUCCUGCUGUGGCUCAACAUUUCCUCCCUCAGUUUUCCCAGCAGGGGGUUGGUGGCUCCUGUGUGCAUGUUCGUGGACAAAUGCACCUGUCCUGUACCCUUGUUCCUGAAGGGAACACUUCACUGUGUAUAUAUACCUUUUUAAAUUCAGAUAGAUUUAUAAUUGUACAUAGUCCAGAUAGAGGUACUGUAAAAUAUGACCAGAGAAUUUUCACUAAGUGCCUAGGACUCUCUGUUAUGCAACGACAUUUGCAUGAGUAUGAUAGCAUUACAUGUUGACCAGAAAAAAUACAUGAACCAGUUUGUCAGUUCCUGGUGGCAUUUUGUGAUGACUGAAGAUGUGACUUGUACAACUCAAGAGUUUUAUUAAAAACAAAAUAUACAACCAUG